GGUUGAAGCCCGAUGACGCGAAGGUGGCCAACAUUCGUGAUUGGCCACGUCCUCAGUCUGUGACUGAGAUGAGAUCUUUCUUAGGAAUGACAGGCUACUAUAGGACUUUCGUUAAGAAUUACAGCAUAAUGGUCGCUCCUUUGACUGAUCUGACCCGCCUUGAUACCCCUUGGGAGUGGACAGAUGAGUGCGAGGCAGCUUUCAGACAUCUGAAGCAUGCAUUGACGCACUAUGAAGUCUUGAAGCUACGCGAUCCUGAUAAGCCAUUUAUAGUAACCACGGAUGCUAGCCAAUAUGGCAUUGGCACCGUGCUUGCGCAGCAGGAGGGGCCAAAGUUGAGGCCAGUAGAGUACAUGUCCAAGAAAAUGCCGUCUCAGAAGUUGGCUAAGUCCACUUAUGAGAAGGAGCUCUAUGCGGUGUACAAGGCUCUCCCCCAUUGGAGACACUACCUCCUUGGGCGGUUCUUCCUCCUCCGGACUGAUCAUCAGACCCUGAGAUGGAUGAGAACACAGCCUGUACUUUCUGACGCUCUCAAGCGUUGGAUCGAAGUCAUUGAGCAAUAUGACUUUGACCCUCAGUAUCUUAAAGGAGAGUACAACAAGGUUGCUCAUGCCUGGUCGCGCAUACCGGACUUCUCAGGUGCGUUGAUUACUGAGUUCGAUCUGACAGAUGAUGUUACUCAGUCUGUGGUGGAAGCCUAUCGCCAGGACCAGUUUAUGUCUGAGAUCAUACGCAGACUUGAGGCGAAGGAUAAAAAGACCUCCGCCGAGUUUGAGUUGGUCAAUGGAUUGCUGUUCCUAGAGAAGGYAGGGAAUAAAYGYUUGUGCGUUCCAARUWGCGAGUCUUUGCGUAGUUUGUUUUUAGGCGAGUGUCAUGAUGCCACCGGCCAUUUUGGGUACAAGAAGACCGCAGCCAACUUGCUGCAGCGGUUCUGGUGGCCAACGAUGAUGAAAGAUGCACAGCUGUACGUGGAAACUUAUCAAGUAUGCCAGAGAAACAAGCCCCGUACUCAGGCGCCUCUUGGGCUGCUCAAGCCCCUUCCGAUUCCGGAAAGGCCAAGUGAAAGUUUAUCCAUGGACUUCAUGGAUACGCUGGUCACCAGCAAGAGUGGGAUGAGACAGAUCUUUGUCAUCGUGGACAGGUUUAGUAAGUUUGCUAGAUUAAUAGCUAUGCCAGGAACAACAAAGACCGAAUACGUGAUCAGGCUAUUUAAAGAAAACUGGGUUAGAGACUUUGGACUGCCGAAAUCUAUAGUCAGUGACAGGGACGUCAGGUUCAAGAGUGAAUUAUGGAAGGCCGCUGCAGCUGAACAAGGAACUCAACUGCAGAUGACUUCUGGAAAUCAUCCAGAAGCUAAUGGCUAGGCUGAACAAAUGAACCACGCUGUG